UUGUUGCCAGGGCAUUGUCAACAAAAGAGGAAAGGGGAGCAAAGUGGCCGUAUCUUUUUACAAUAUAUUGUAGCAUCUAUGCUAUAGAAAGAUUGAUAGAUGUUACAGUUUUUUUCUUGAAAGAGGAGAUAAAAAUUUCGCGCAAGAAGAACAACACCACUGAUCACAAUGUCUUCUGAAACGCAAGUUAGGCUACCCAGUCUUAAUGGGGGCAUAUACACUGGCAAAUUUAAGGACUGGUCACCAACUGUUCGUCCAGCUGGGAAGCUGACAGUAUCAGGAGAUACUGCUGAACUCUGUAUGAAACCUAAAAAUGAUAGGCCUCCAUCAGCUGACAUCAUUCGUAGAUUUAGAGCCACUGUUCGUCCUGAUGCUGGCCAAAUGAGGGUGUUUUAUGGAAGAGCUCAGGACCCUCACUUACAAUGGGCAGCUGAAAUGACACAUGGCAUCAAUACAACAUCAUCAAACACGGCUGGAGAACUUGCCAAUCCACCUCCAAAAACACUUUUUAAUCAAAGAAAAUUAGACAGAAAAGAAAAUAUUUAUGCCAGCCAUAUUAGAGCUCCUCUUGGUAUAUCACAUGAGCAGUCACAUGGUUUACCUAGAGGACUCAACAGGGACCAGUUUACAUUUGGAAUUCCUACAGAGUUAGAUAUUGGUGCUGGUGGUUUGAUUAAUCCUAACAAGACAUAUGCUGAAGUUGAGGCAGAAUCUGCAGUUGGCAUGGAAUUGUACAGAGAAACACACAAAAACUUUGAUGUUGGAGAAAAACUUCACCGUGGAUAUACUUCACCUAGUUUCUUCCCAGAGAAAAAAUUUGGCAUUCCAACACCUCACAAUAAUGAAGGAAUCAAAGUAAAGAAAACACUAAAAUGGAUGCAUGAAACAGAACAAGAAAAGGCAACAAAACUGGUAUCCAAACGUGUAGAUGACUUUAGAGAAAGAUCACAACCCCAACUUGGAGCAGUGCAUGAUCCAAUUAAAGAUACUCUCAAAGUUGGACCUGAUCACACCUAUGGUAUAUUAGCGAAACCUGAUGAGUAUGGCGCUGGUGACCUAAUGCAUGGUCGUGCUCCAGCUGAUUAUCUUAGAGGGAAGGACAGACAGAGGGGAGUCCUAGCUGCCAUUAGACAACAUCUAAAGAAAGCCAAUUUUCAUAAUUUUACUGAUCUUGUACAUGCAUUUAGAUAUUAUGAUAAGGAUGGUAAAGGGGUGAUAGAUAUCAAUGAUUUACGCGACGUUUGUAUACAGUACCAUUUACCACUGGAACCAGAAUUAUUAGAACAAUUACUGGAUAGUUGUGAUUCAAACAGGGAUGGAGCAAUAGAUUAUGUAGAAUUCUCUAACUUUCUCAACUGGAAAGAUAAAAUGAAGUCAGGACUACCAGACAAACCAGAUACUCCACUUAAUUCUUCAAGAAGCAAAAGUGCUGUUUCAGAUGAUUUAGUCAGAAAAUCUGUACACAGUGCAGAAAGUACACCUCGACGAUUGAAGUUACAGAUUGAUAGAGCCAUCGGAGAUCAUAGAACAAGUGCUAAUAUGAUUAAUGCUGUUGUUGGAGGAGUUUCUACCAGAGAUUACAGGACCUAUGGUGUACCUACAAUAAGAACAGACAUCCAUGCUCCCAGGAUUAGGCGAGUUGACGAUAACAAGAACUAUGGAGAUGAAUCAAAUGCUUAUGGUCUUGUAAAUCCAUCUAUCUUUAGCAGACGUCAUGUUUAUGAAAAGGAUUUCCUACUACCCAGAUCUAAAGAAGAGCUUAAAGCAAUUUUCCACAAUAUUGGUGUGCAGAUGACAGGAGAAAUGUUUGACCAGGUUUAUAAUAUGGCUGCUAAACAGAAUCCAAAAGGUCAUGUCAGUGUAGAAUCCAUAAGAGGAGUCAUUGAUGAUAUCCAAGCUCAUCAAGUCAUGACUGGACAACAUCCAAUGGCUGUAUAAUUUUUGUUAAAACAAAGACUUAAAAAUUGUUUAUAAGGAAGAUUUUUACCAUUUGAUAAGAAACAUGUUAAUCUGAAACCAAACUUUUUUUUCAGAAUAAUACCAUAACCCUUGAGAUUUCUAUUGAGUUUUGGCAAUAGGAGUAAAUAAGCUUAAACACUCAUAAUAAAGAUUGGUCAGUUUGAUGUAAAAAUAUUUCAUUUUUCACUAUGACUAUAUAUGACUUUUUUAAAUUGUAUGAAAAACUGCCCUACAUGCAUGUGUAGAUGUCGUAGAUGUACAUUUAUUUGUUCCUCAAAUGUGAAGGUUUGGAAUGUUUUCUUCUUUUCAUUUAUAUAUAUCAUAAUUUGACAUCAUUUUCAUACAUUAAUUGUAACAAAAAGAAUUGAUGGAAGGCAAAACUAUUUUUAUCCUCCGCAUUGAUUAAUUUGUAUGAUUUCUACCUGAAGUACAAAAUGCUACCUUACAACAUAAUACUGUACACAUUAAUGGACUUGUGAGCAACUUAAAUUAUUAUUACUGGUAUGUUUUCAGAAAAGAAAAGGGUCAAUUGAAGAUUUAUGCUAGGAUAUUAAUAGUUUGCAAGGUGCUGUAUUAUUGUGAAAUACCUUAAGUUUAUAUAUUUUUUAAAUCUAUGCAGAAUUUUUAAGUUCAAAGUUUAUAUCAAUCAAAGCUUUAAAAGAAACAUGCAAAUAAUUGUUGAUUAUUAUCCAGCAUUCACACAGCAUUACACCAAUAAGUAUUAUAGAAAUAUCCCAUAUAUUUUAUAUCUUGUUACUACUGUAAAUCUUCUUGAUGAAUAUCAAAAUGACUAAUACAGGCCCAAGUCUGCAUGUAAAGCCUUAUGCCUCACAAAUUUUGAUUUCAAAAGUUUGUAAAAAUUCUUGUUACAUUUAGUAUUUGUUUAUGAUCAUCAUGAAAUUUACACAUUUUGAUUUUUAAGACAAUGACAUGCUUGUUAAUGAGAUCCCAGUAUAAUUAUGAGUUUAUGAGUCUUUUAUUGAGAUUGCAUAAUUUUUGCAUUAAUUUCAUAGUUGUCCAAUAAUUCAAAUGUGAAUUAGAAAUCGUAAUCUUUUCUACGUUUUCAUACUUUUUUAAGUUUAACAGCAUAGCACCAUAGUAAUACAGAAAUAUCAAAAUCACUGUUUUUGAUGUAUUUUUGUAAUUGUGAAGAUUUCACCUGUUAGUAUUUUUUACCAAUUUUUAUGAGACCACAAACACUGAGUAUUAAUAUAUAACAUUCACCAACAUAUAUAUAUAUAUAUAUAUAUAAAUGUAGAACACAUUAGCAUUACACUUGAGCAGUAUCAAACAAUGUAUGGUCACUUUGAACAAAAUAUAUUAAUUGCUCAACACCGCAUUUAAUCUCAGCAUUGACACCACAUAGUAUUAGCCAAUUAUUUUUAUAUCAAACGAAAUUUACUGAAUAUGAGCCCCUGGGGCAUUGCUUUUUUCUAGGUAGAGGUUGAAAAAUAGUUACUCAGAAAAUAUGAUAUAUCCAUAAAUGUGGUUUUGUUUUUUUUAUCUCACUCAGCAUUGAUGCAGUUAUUUUAAGUAAAUUACUGGGAAAAUGUUUAUACAUUAAGUGCCAAAAUAAUUUAACCCAGAAAUAUUAAUAUUUGCAUUUUAUGAUACAGUAUAUAAUCUUUUUUGGUAAAUUAUGGUUGAUAUUUAGUCAACAAUGGAACAGUUGUAUUAGUCGGACAUAAACAUUUUAAAGUAAACUUUUUAAUGACUUUUUGUUGAAAAAUAAUGUAGCUUUAGAUCAAAUAAUUAAGCACUUUCAUAUAAAUUUAACCUAUAUAUUUUGAUACCCAUUUUACAGAAUUUCAGCAUUCCUAACACAUUUAUUGAAGCAAAGAUUGUGAAUAUCAAGUUUUCAGUGAGAUUAUUUUAAUUAGAUGACAGAGUUGUCAGAGCUUUAGAUUUUCUUCAUAUACAUGAGAAAAGUCCAUGGAGAAUAAUGUCAAACUCGUAUACCAUUGUUUGUAUUUUAUUGUAUAUAAAAGUACCAAUAAGCAUUGAGAUGUGCUAAAAAUAAUAAGAGAAUUUUCAAAUUGAUAUGAGUAGAAUUUAAAAUAUUAAAGUUGUAUGAUUUAUAUUUUUCAUUAUUUAUUUGUGUUUUAGAAACCCUUACUCCCAAAUAAAACAAUUAUUUCAAUGAGAUGUAGAGACUAUAUUUUUCAGUUUUACCAUAGUGUAGUCUACUUUAAUGACCUUUAUAAGUAUUUUCUGUUUUAAUCCUCAAUAUAGAGUAGGAUACUUUUCAGGAUAUUUUUGUUUAUUCUUAUAAAUAUUUUUUGUUAGACUUUUAGAUAUUUUUCAUACAUUUUUAUGUCAUUCAUUUUUAAAAUAGCUUAUUUUAUCAGUGUAAAGUUUUAAGUACAUCUCUUAAACAUUUUCAGUCACCCUUCAAAAUCUGAUUUCAAUAAAUAAAAUUAAAGUGAAGCUUUUACUCAAGAAUCUAUUCCAAAAAAAAAAAUCAGUUUGAAAGUUUUAUGGCAGUAUAGAUGAUAAAAUUCCAUAACAUAUUUUGGAAGUUCACUUGGAACUGUAUACUAAUGUCAUCCUUUUUGCAGUCCCAAAAAGUGCUGCUUAGAUUUUAAGCUAUAUUUUGACUAGGUAUAUUAAUACUUAUAAACCAAGCUUUAUGGAAAAUGCAACCUCUACAUGCAUUUUUGUAAAUUCUACAUGUAUAUUUUCAUUAAUGAUAACAUUUGUUAUUGUUUAUUUCCUUGUUGAUUGUGAAGUUUGUUGAUGUAUGUAAGGUAUGACAACUAUUAAAGAAGUAUAAAAUUCA